AUGACAUGGCGCCCAUCCAUCCGUCCAACUCUCCACCUGUCCAUCCAGCCAUUCAUCCGCAGCCCAAACCCUAACCCGCACCCACGCUCCUCCUCCCUCAGCUCCUCGCCGCCGCCACCUCCUCCCAGAUCCCCCUGUCCCCGACCCAAACAUCCCUCUCUCUGCCAUCCCAACCCCGCCGCCGGCCUCCCCCACCCCCGCCGCCGCCGACCUCCUCAUCGCCCCCAGCACCGGCCAUCCUCCCUUCCACCACCCCUCCUGUCCGAGUCGCCCCCUCGCGAACAAAUCUCGCGAGCCAAUUCCCCUCCCCUCCCCGCACCCCCACGCGCGCAAUCCAGGCGAAGGUGCCCCGACCCGGGCUGCAAGGACAGCACGCUCCAGCCGGAGGCGUGCCGGGACGUGGUCCCGACGCCGCUGUUCCAGCGGUGGGGCGCCGCGCUCUGCGACAUGGCGCUCGAGGGGCUCAAGUUCUACUGCCCCUUCAACGACUGCUCGACGCUGCUGGUCGACAACCACCAGGACGGGGACGCGGUGAUAAGGGACGUGGAGUGCCCCCACUGCUCCCGCAUGUUCUGCGCCCAGUUCAAGGUGCCGUGGCACGACGGCGUCGACUGCACCGAGUUCCAGCGGCUCGGCAAGGACGAGCGCGGGCGGGAGGACCUGCUGCUGAGGAAGGUCGCGCAGGAGAGCAAGUGGCGGAGAUGCGCCAAGUGCAAGAUGUACGUCGAGAGGGUGGAAGGCUGUGUGUACAUUGUCUGCAGGUGCGGCCACCACUUCUGCCACCUCUGCGGCUCUGCGAUGGCGAAGGGCAACCAUCGUUGCAGCAAAUGCAAGCGUACGUGGUGAUCGGUGAAUGGUCUGCAGAUGCCCGGCGCUACUUCAGGGAAGCAAGUUCAUCAUG